ACAAAAAUAUCUUCUCGCUAAAAAAUCAACCCUAUCUGGAACUAGGGUUGACACGCACCAUCUAGGGUUCAUAUCAAUCAAACCCUAAUCUCAAAAAUCUUCAAAUUCCCUUAGGGUUUCUAUCAAUCAUCGUUCGCACACACCAAUUCCGAUCCCUAUCAUGAUGCAACCAGGAAACGGUAUGGUUCCACCGAUGGCGCCGAUGCAGCCGCCGCCGCAACAGCAACAGAACUACCAGCAACCGCCGCCGCAGCAGCAGUGGAUGAUGCCUCCACCGCCUCAACAACAGCAGCAGAGCUAUCAACAGCCGCUGCCGCCGCAUAUGUGGGCCCAGCAACAGCAACAGGCGCAGCAGAUGAUGCAGGCGGCUCAGCAGCAACAGUAUGGUGGUGCUCCGGCUAGUUCGGAUGAGAUUCGGUCGCUUUGGAUUGGUGAUUUGCAGUAUUGGAUGGAUGAGACUUAUAUUACUAAUUGUUUUUACAAUACUGGAGAGGUAGUUUCAGUGAAAAUAAUUAGAAACAAGCAAACUGGACAACCAGAGGGAUAUGGUUUUAUCGAGUUCAGGAGCCGUGCAGGUGCAGAAAACGCAUUGCAGACCUACAAUGGAACCCUAAUGCCAUCUACUGAACAGAAUUUCAGGCUCAACUGGGCUACACUUGGUGCAGGGGAGAAACGUAAUGAUGAUACCCCUGAUUACACAAUAUUUGUUGGUGAUCUUGCUGCAGAUGUUUCAGAUUACAUACUGCAAGAAACUUUCAAAAAUGUUUAUUCAUCUGUCAAAGGAGCAAAAGUUGUCACUGAUAGAACAACCGGACGAACUAAGGGAUACGGUUUUGUUAGAUUUGGAGACGAGAGUGAACAAAUUCGUGCCAUGUCUGAAAUGAAUGGUGUUCUUUGUUCUUCUAGGCCGAUGAGAAUCGGUCCUGCUGCUACCAAGACAGGUGCAGGAGGUGGCAUGCAAAAAGCUCCUUACCAGAGUGCUGAAGGAAGUCAGGGAGAGAGUGAUCCGAACAAUACAACUAUAUUUGUUGGAGGGCUGGAUCCAAGUGUUUCCGAUGAAGCCUUGAGGCAGGUGUUUGGCCAGUUUGGUGAACUAAUUCAUGUGAAGAUACCCAUGGGUAAACGUUGCGGCUUUGUUCAGUUUGCUACCAGGCAAAGUGCAGAACAAGCGUUGGCACAUCUAAACGGGACCGAGUUAGGAGGCCAGAAUGUCCGCCUUUCGUGGGGUCGUAGUCCCUCAAGCAAACAGGGGCAGCCUGAGCAAGCCCAGUAUGGAGGUGGAGGCGGUGGUGGUUAUUAUGGUUACGGACAGGGAUAUGGGUAUGCUCCACCAGCUCAAGAUCCAAAUGCUUAUUAUGGAGUCUAUGCAGGAGCAGGCGGGUAUGGUGGUUAUCAACAACAACCACAGCAGUGAUGUGGAGAGUUGUGACAAAGUGGGUCUGUAGUAUAGUGUUUGAUAAUAUGCUAAACAAGGGAACCUACUGUCGACAAAUUUAUUAUUAUUACUAUUAUUAUUUUCUUGAUUUUCUGUUUGUUUGUUUGAAGAUGUUUUGUUGAGAAUAUUGGAAGCUUGGUGCUUUGAAAAUGAUUGUUUUUUUAUAUA